AUGGUUAUUCCUGAAGAACAUGAUACCACUGAACUUGAUUAUGCUCAAUUGUGUCCUCCAAUUACCAAACUGGGGGAUUUACCUGCUAUCGAUCUUUCUACCUGUUCUCUCAAUACCCAACCCGUGGUUAAUUCUUAUGGGAUCUACGAUGUACCUGCUGACAAUUACCCAAACAACAAUGAUGUCCGCAAUAAUUCUCAUCUCAAUAUUGCUACUUCUAAUCUCGAUUCUUACCAAAAUGCUUCUCAAAGUGGUGAUGAUACCAAUGCUUCUCUUGGUGGUGGGUCUGACUCUACCACUCAGGUAAAUCAACCUUUCGCAACCCCUUUAAUUGAGACUGCCAAAAAUACUAUUAACCAAUUUCCUGUCAAUAACAUCAAUCUGAUUGCUUGGAACAUUAGAGGAUUUGGAAAAAAAUCUUCUAAUAAGGAACUUAGUCUACUAUGUAGGAAUGUCAACCCUGACAUCAUUUUUCUCUCUGAAACAAAAAUGAACAAAGAUAUGGAUGCUAGAAAGUUAAAAAAAAAUAUGGGAUUCCCUUGUACUUUUAAUGUCCCUAAUAUUGGUAGAAGUGGUGGCCUUGCUCUUUCUUGGAAGAAGGAAAUUCAUCUCAACAUUGUCUCAUCCAGUAUGAGGGGUAUCUACGUUACAUCUAUUGACAUCAUUUACUCUAAGACCUGUCAUAUUCAUUUCAUGUAUGGUGAACCCAAUAGCAGAACUGAAGAUAAAAAUGGUGGUCUAGAAGUUGAUGAUCCUGAUUUUGAAACCCUUAGAAAUUUCUUCUAUGUGUUUAACUUGCAUGAUCCUGCUGAAGAUCUUUGUCCUAAACUUUGUGUUAACAAUCUCCCCAGGGAUUCCUAUGAUCAUUGCCCUAUGCAUAUAGGUUUGAACUAUGAGGAUAUUUUUAUGCCUAGACCUUUUCAUUUUAUGGCUAUGUGGAUUGGGGAUCCUACUUGCAGAGACAUUAUUGCUAACUCCUGGUCCGUGAAUGUGGUAGGCUCCCCUGCUUACAGGCUUAAAGCUAAACUGUUAAUUACUAAGAAAGGCCUAAGGGAUUGGAAUAAAUCUUCCUUUGGUAAUAUUCAAACUAAUAUAUCCAUCAUCAUGACAGAUUUAGCUGAGCUCCAACUCUCUAACCCUACUGAUACCAGCAAUACCUCUAGAUUCAAAGCUAGAUUCAAGUACCUUUGUAACUUAGAAGAGUUAUAUUGGAAAGAUAAAUCUAGGGAGGUUUGGCUCAUGGAAGGUGACAAAAAUUCACUCUAUUUCCAUAGAGUUACUCUCUUUAGGAGAAAAAGAAAUGCCAUUAGCUGGAUUAAGAAUUCCUUGAAUACUAUUCUAACUGAUAGAGAUAGUAUUGGAACUUCUUUCAUAGACUAUUUAAAAAACCUUUAUUCUUCCCAUCCUCAGCAAUUCCAGGAUGAAAUUCUUGUUCAUCUCCCUAUUAAGUUCUCUGCUGAGGAUAACACUCUUUUAAAUAUGCCUCUUUCUCCAGAGGAAAUUAAGAAUGAUGUCUUCCAAAUGGGGGGAAAGAAAGCUCCUGGACCUGAUGGCUUCACAUUCUUUUUUAUCGAAAAUACUGGGAUAUUGUGGGAGAUGUUGUCAUUGACAUGA